GAACUUUAGAACUUUGGGACCUUAAGACUAUAAAGAUUUGGCGCUUUAGAAUUUAAAAAGUUUGAGAUUUUGAAACUUUGGUGCUUCAUGGCUUUGAAAUAUUGGAAAUUAAGAGCAAUAACAAUGAUAAAUUUGUAUAAUUUAUCAUUUUGUUUAAUAUCUUAAGCAUGUGCUUAUUUCAUUCAAUGGUUGCUCCAGCCCUGUGAUUACGGCUUGGAAGGUAAACUAUUUACGCGCGCAUAUUUCCCGCGUGGUCAGGGCGUAAAUGCAGUCAUGCAUAGGUAUGCGUUUGUGUGUGUUCGACGGAUCAGCUGAGCGCCAGCUGUGCUCGUCGUGUCGACCAAUAGGAAUCGAUUAUAUCGUUGCACAGCAGCGCCUCGAUUUCUCGACCGGUGUCCACUGGUUUGGCGUUCCCGCGAAACAUUUGUUCUAAACUUUCGUUCGCGAUUUAAAAGCGUUAUUUUGUGCGUAUAUACACAUUUUUUAUUCAGUUAUACUUUGGUUUUCGUUUUAGCAUACACAGUUUGUUCAAGUGAGACAAUAAUUUUCAAUAUUACUUGAAAAAAUUGUGCUAUUCCGAAGCGGGAAAAACAGAUGCGCAGAACGCGUAGGUGCUUGUGACUCCUAGGAUUUCUGUAUCGCCAACACACAGUGUUUUGUGUUUUAACGUGAAUGCAUUCUAUCAGAACGAUAAAAUACAGUGUUCUCAGUUUACAGACAGUAAUUUUCACGAGUUUCAACGAUAUCUUAAUGCGUAAAAGCGUGACGACAAUAAGGCGUCUGUCAAAGGACGCCAACGUUGCACCACGUUUGCAUAGCCCUUAAAAUCAGCACAUAUACGUGGAAGUUAUAUUGUUUAUGCAUUGAGAGUAAACGAUAGAGGUUCAAGGAAGGUGUUUUACGAAAAUUUGGAAUUUUUUUGCCCCUUUGAGGUUAUGUUAUACAUAUAGAGGGCGUGACAGUGCCAGAUUGCAAGCAGGGGUUGGUCAUCGUUUCGCGCGCUGGUCUCCCGCGCUUCGAGUUCCACGUCUUAUAUUUUUCUCAAGAAUUAUUGUUCAGUGAUACCUGGAGGCUUGUAAAUUAAUUGGAAAAGAUUUUGAAAAAUUUUCGUGUUAAAAGAUUUUUUGCCAACAAGAAAUUAUGGCAGAAAAUAUUGAAUCAAAAGCAGCCAAGUAUAUGUGCAUUAUGGCGAUCGGGUGCGUGUAAGCUUCGCGCGCUCUUUUACUUUUCGGCAUUUUCCUGGUUAAAUUACUGAUCGUAUGUUACUGAAAUUUGGCCAACGUUUAAUUAAAAUAUCAAUUAAUCUGUGUAUAAAUUAAAAAAAUAAAUUUUCGUCCGAAAUAAUUUCUGAACACGUCGACAAUUUUGCAGCAAGAUGCCACAGACAAGUUUACAGGGAAAAAAGUCACAGACUUAUCUGCAAGGAGGUAAAGCAACACAAUCCUUGAAACGUAAAAGACGUACAACAGAAAUCUCUGAGGAUUCAGAAAAUUUGUAUCCGCCUAAUAAAGUACCAGCAUUGUCACAGACAUCAUAUUCAGAGUCAUGUCAAACAGUACAUUCUUUAGAAAAUUCAUGCACACCACAUCAGGUGUCUCCAUUGAAAGAACAGCAAGAGCCAGCCACAUGGUCUGAAUUAAGAAGUGCUACUUGCUUUUUAACACCAUCUUCAUCUAAUAAUAUAUCAAAUAGACCCAGCCCACUACCUUCAUUUCCAUGGGCAGAUGGUUCUCAAGUUUGGUCCUUCAUGUGUUUGGGAGAUCAGAAAACCAUUAUUCAAAGGAAUCCUCAGAUGUUUCAAAGGCAUCCAACAUUGCAGCCAAGAAUGCGAGCUAUAUUGCUGGAUUGGCUAAUUGAAGUUUGCGAAGUAUAUAAGCUACAUAGAGAAACAUACUAUCUUGCGAUGGAUUACAUAGACAGAUAUUUGUCCAUACAUCAAAAUGUACCCAAAAAUCAACUUCAGUUGAUAGGUAUCACGUGUCUUUUUAUAGCUGCCAAGGUUGAAGAAAUAUACCCACCUAAGAUAGCAGAGUUUGCAUAUGUUACGGAUGGAGCAUGUACAGAAGAAGAAAUUUUAGGAAAAGAAUUAGUAAUUUUAAAAGGUCUUGGAUGGAAUUUAUCUCCUGUAACAGCCCCUGGUUGGCUUAAUAUAUAUAUGCAAAUUGAGUCUGGUGAUUGGUCAAAACCUAAUGCCUUUAUUUAUCCUCAAUAUGGAGGUCUGCAAUAUUCCCAGGCAGCUCAACUAUUGGACUUAGCUACCUUAGAUGAGGGAAGUUUGAAGUUCCCUUAUAGCCACAUAGCAGCAGCAGCUAUCUAUCACACCCAAGGAAGAGAAUGUGCUUUAAGAGUAUCACGUAUUCCAUGGGAGCAACUUGCACCCUGUGUGAAAUGGCUUACUCCAUUUGCUAUAACAGCUGCAGAAGAAAGUUCUCAGUUUCUUUUAAGAUCUACUAUACCACCUGUGGAGUCUCAUUCUGGAUCUGGACUUAGAGCAUCAGUACCUAAUAUAGUGAUGGAUGAAUCACACCGUAUACAAACUCAUGUAGUAGAUUUAAAUAUGUUAGAAAGGGCACAACAGCGAUUAGUAGAUGAAGUCCCUCCUACUGAUACAACUGAGUCUGAUUCAAAUCCUGAGUCUGGUAGACAGAGUCCAAAUGAUAACGGAAUUUUAACUCCACCAUCUAGCAGUCAAAAAAAUUCUACCACACCGCCACAUCCUCCGCUACAGUUACAUCCAUAUACAUAAUUUAAUAUUUAUAUGCACUUCGUAUGUUACGAUGAAGUGUUAUGUUUACUAAUUGCUGGUAAAUAAUUUUAACUAAACACCGAUAGUGUAUAGGGAAUAUCAUUUAAUUGCUUACAAAUUCUACCAUGUGUAAAAUUGCACAUGUGUUACGGAAUCGCAUCAGUGCACGGUAAUAACAGUAUCGUCUGUAUGUUAUCGUAAAUAAUAUGAUGCUUUCCAUUUAAAUCCACUGUUUUGCGUGGUGGUAUUUUUGUUGUAACAAUAAGAUUCACAGUACAAGGUGUUAACCACUUUCUACAGUGUCUAAAGAGACACUAAAUUAAUUUAAUAUUACUUGUUUUACCAUGGACGCUAAAAAUGUGCCUUAUAUAAAGGAAUCGUAAACAUAUACGACAGCCUAUGGCUAUGUUCUGUGAUUAUAUUCAUGCAGUGAAACUUGAUGCAUCGUAUUAAUAUGUUAGUAUGAAUUUAAUAAUUAUUACCAUCUUUAAGAAUCAAAAAAACUUUAGUGCCUGCAAAAAGUGCCCUUAAAAUAAUCGUUUUUAUUCAUUUCCGAGAUCAACAGAGCAUUGUGAAUAGUAUUCUUUUACGUAAUUCGCUUUAUUUUAACGCAACGUAUUAUAACAAUGCGUUAUCGUGCUGGGUGAAUGUAUUUUUAUGUAUAUGUAUAUUGUGAAGUAUUAAUAAUAACAAAAAAAGUAGAGAGGGUGAGAGGGGAUGAAUGCAUGCGUGAAGUAUAUAAGACUAAUAAUUAUUGUAUAAGGUAGAAACUUCGUGAUGAAUUUACACUGCCUUAUAUGUAGUGACGCAGCGGUUUAUACACAUUUGUAUGAAAAACUUGACAAUAAAUAUUUGUAAAUUGUAAAAUUAAACAAACGUUGCUUCGUAUACACCUCUUGUCAUUGAUGAGUUAGAUAAAAAUUCAAUAUUUUAAGGAAAUUGAGAAUAUA